AUGGUCGAGCUUGAUCAGCCAUGUCAGAUCUGCGCAGGGGUUGAUUUAUACAGUCUAUUCACAGGGCCGAGGUAUAUCCAAGAGCUUGGUACGUUAAAGGACAUCAAGUCUAAUGCGAGGUGUCCGCUCUGUCGUCUGGUCAAGCAUGCCCUCUACGAGAAUGCCACCGCGCCUCUUCGGGGAUCACCGUGGUUUCACCCCAAAGAAAUAGAUGACAGGAAGAUGAAAUGCGUGCUAUUACCCAGACGGCAAGACUACAACGAGGAAACGGGAUAUGGAAAUCCCAGGACCGGGGAUCUCGUUGCAACACAAAUUAAAAUCUCGUUGCGCCGCACACCAGACUACUCAGAUGAAGAUGCCCUAUCCAUAUACGAAGGAUCCGUCAAGGCUGGAUUUCAGUUGCUGUCGCCCGGCUCCGUCGACCCUGCGCGCCCUCUCGCCAAUGGGUUUCAGGUCACAACCAUGCAGCGAAACAUCGAGUUGCUUUCGCAGUGGCUUUCGACCUGUCGGAAUACGCACAAUAAUACCUGUCAAGGGGGUUCUUUCUCUGCGGUCUUUUCGCCGGCUGGAAUUAGCAAGAUUCGACUUAUCAAUGUACAGAGUCGGACCAUUUCAGAGUACAAUAUUGCAGAAGCCGAGUAUGCGGCGCUGAGCUACGUAUGGGGGGAGAACAAGGAGGCCCGCAUGAAGCUUGUAUCCGAGUUACCUCCCGGGCUUGGUAGCUCUGGGGCCACAGCAGUGUCUUUGCCAUCCGAAAUUCCUAAAGUCGUGGAGGAUGCACUGCGCAUUUGUUCCGCACUAUCAAUUGUUCACCUUUGGGUUGAUCUGUAUUGCAUUGACCAAAACGAUGCACAGCAAAAGGCAGCCGAAAUCAAUGCCAUGGGCUACAUAUAUAACCAUGCGCAGAUCACCCUGAUUGAUGGGCACGGCAAGAAUUCGUCCGACGCAAACGCAGGGCUCUUGCCGGAGGACAUACUGAGUAACUUGGGUGGAAAUCAGCGAAUUGAGACGAUUGGUGAUAAGUCGUACAUCACAUCACUACCUGGCACGGGGGAUCGUAUUCAUGAAUCGCAGUGGGCGACAAGGUCAUGGACCUAUCAAUAA